AUGGAAAAGAUAGAAACAGAAGUACAAAGUCUGAAAGAAAAAGCUAAUAGUCAGCAGCAUGACUAUAAACAUGCGGAGCUAGGUCAGCAGCAUGACCAUAAACAUGCGGAGCUACAAGGAGACGUUGGGAAACUCCAAAAAACCCAUAACAAUGUUUGUUUAAAUGAAGCUACAGCCAGCACAUCUACAGCAGGACAACCUAUAAAAAAGGAGGAGACUAAGGUAAAAUAUACAAAUGUAAAUAUGAACAAAUUAUUUUCAAAACCAUACACUCCUCAAAAUACCCAAAAAGAUAUGACAGUCACCCCACAAACAAAUACAUACAAAGCCAGCUUAGAUUCCCAAAAACAAACAUACAAUUAUAUUUCCAGAACAUAUAUAGAAAACAUAUACAAAGUACAGACUUUUCUUAACCAAAACCCUAAAGCUAAAAAUACGAAAAAACCCGACGAAGACUAUAUAACCCAGUAUUUACAAGGAUAUAAUAAAUUAAUUGCACAACCAGGAACCAAUCCAAACCUAGUAGCAACUUGCUACAACUAUGGAUUAUUAAGUACAGUAUAUACAGCAACAGGAGAUGAGAUAUCUAAAAUACCGGAGCUAUACAGAGCAUUUUUACAGUAUAAAAGAAUAACUAAAGGUACUCUUUUUUACAUAAAAUUCUACUCAGCUACUGCAGAGAUAUUAUAUGACGAAGUCAAACCUACAAUCCAAGUUAUAAAGAUUGGGUUAACAAGGGAAAUGAUAAUCCCUGAGAAGAUAGACACCCAGGAAGAGGUACAAAGAGUAGAUAUUCCAGAAUUCUAUGCCAAUAAAAGAACUAUCGGGAUAGCUACUAUAUUGAACGAGAUAACAAACAAUUAUUUGAAUGAAAAUGCCAUAUGGACAUACUACAACCGAGAUCAAACAAUAAUCUAUUCAAAUUGCAGAGAUAUAUGA